AUGUUGUACCCAUCAGCGGUUCAGUCGUUUCAGCUAUGGCAAGUCUUCACGAGCAACGUCCACCCCUUGACAAAGGUCCUCCACGGGCCGUCUGUCCAGGAAGAACUCCUGAAGUCGCUCGCCGAGCCCUCCUUAGUUGACAGUCCCACCGAGGCACUGAUCUUCUCCAUCUACCUCAUCGCCGUCGUCUCACUGACGGACGAUGAGUGCCAAAACCUGCUCGGCGAGACGAGAGCGAAGCAUCUGGCUCGGUACUGUCACGCCACCGAAGCGGCGCUGAGCAGGGUCGACUUUCUCAGAUCAACAGACUUGAAAGUACUGCAGGCCUUCACUCUGUAUCUGCUCUCCCUCCGCCAUCUUUGUGAUCAGGACAUCCUGUGGCUUCUCACGGGGCUGGCAACCCGCAUGGGCCAGAGGAUGGGCCUGCACCGCGAAAGCUCACUAAGAGAUCUCCCGCCCUUUGAGGCCGAGCUGCGGCGUCGCGUCUGGUGGCAGAUAGUCAUCCUGGACGGCCAGGCGGCCCAGCUGACGGGUGCCGCACUGGGACCCGACAACCGACUCUACGGUGACGCGAACCCGCCAGUCGGCAUCAACGACGGGGACCUCGUUCCCUCUAUGAGUUCGCUGCCCCGCUCAUCAUCCGUACCCACGGAGAUGGUCUUCUGUUCCGUUCGAUUCGAGAUCGGCGUCUGGAUGAUCAGGCAAGAGGGCCUGCCCGACCAGGCGACGACGCCCGAGGACAAAAUAAAGCUCCUGCGCUCCAUUGAUGAGCUCGAAGGCCGCCUCGAGGAGCGCUAUCUACGCCACAUCAACACCGAUAUCCCGCUGAACCUCUUGACCACACACCUCGCCCGCUCCGCAGUGUGCCAAUUGAGGCUAUCUGUCUACCACCCUAUCCGCUAUCCCGAGGCGGCCUCGGGCCUGAGUCCGGAACAGCUCGACCUACUCCUGGAGAACAGCCUGGAAGUGGUGCGGUACGACAUCGAGGCUCACGCCGCUGCGUCACUUCAGCGUUACGCCUGGCACGUUUUUAACUUCUUCCCCUUCGAGACAUUCGUCCUGCUCGUCGGAACGCUGUCCCGGCGGCCGGAGAGCCCGGUCGCUGAUGCUGCCUGGUCUGUCAUCGGCCAGGUUUAUGAGAACCAUCCGCGCUUCGCUUCGGACACUGACCUCCCACUACAUCGGGCCAUCGGCAGUCUCACGCUCAAGGCCUGGGGCCGGCACGUCUCGGGCACAAGGGCCGACGGUCUGGAACCGUCCUUUGAGCCGCCGUUCAUAAGGGAACUCCUUCGCCGGCGGGCCGCACUGGGCCGCGGUUCCCAGUCCGUGGAACAGGACUCGAUGGCCAUGGACAGCACCGGCCAUACGAUGCCGCAAGGUUUGAAAAGGAUAAGUGACUUGCCGGAAUAUGAUGGCUGUGAUCUCGGAGCCUCACAACCCAGGUUGUUACUGCAAGGAGAUGACUCGACCGUGGGCGCGGCCGGCGACGACAUCUCCAGCAUUAUCAAUGACAUGGAUAUGGAUUGGAGCUUCUGGAAGGGGCUGCUGGAUGGCAACACACAAGCUGCACGAGAUGCACCGGAAACCUACUUUUUCUCUUCCUUCAUGAGCAGACCGUGA